AUGAAGACUCCCUUACGCAUAGCAAUCCUCGAAUGCGAUACGCCUCCACCAGCCCUUGUUGAAAAAUACGGACGAUAUGAUCGCAUCUUUACGACGUUGCUCGAAGCAGCAGCCGAGGACUUGGGCUUAUCUCCGAAGCAGGACCUGGACUUGAGCGCAUUCGACGUCGUCACUGCGCAAGAGUAUCCUGACCUGGAAAAGAUAGAUGCAGUACUGAUCUCGGGCUCGAAGCACAACUCAUUUGACAAUGACCCAUGGAUCCUCAAGUUGGUCGAAUUUACUCAAAAGUUACUCAAGCAAGACCGCGUUCGGGUGAUUGGCGUUUGCUUUGGCCAUCAGAUUCUCGGAAGAGCUGCAGGAGCCAAAGUUGGGCGCAGUGAUGAUGGGUGGGAGAUCUCAGUCUUGCCAGUUCAACUCACAGCGAAGGGCAAAGAGAUUUUUCAACAGGAUAGUCUUGCAAUCCACCAGAUGCACAGAGAUGUGGUAUUCGAGUACCCUGCAGAUGUCGAGAAGCUUGGCGGAUCACCUCGUUGCUUGGUACAAGGCAUGUACAAAAAGGGCAAAUUGAUUUCUUUGCAAGGUCACCCGGAAUUUACCGAGCCCAUUGUCUCUUACUUGGUCCAAAUGAGGGCUGAACAGGGCAUCUUUGAGGAAGAGCAAGCUAGGGACGCGCUAGAGAGAGUGGGCAACCAUCACGACGGACUGGUCAUUGCCAAGGCAUUUCUCCGAUUCUUGCUUGAGGACUAG